AUCUGCAGGUCCCGCUUUGUUCACUGCAGAGCUGCUGAACGGUACGUUUCUGUGACAGCGUGUAAGACGGAUUUUUUUUAUUGGAAAAAUGCCUUUCACUCGCUCCAAGAGACUGGCAGCCCAGCCUCCAUCCACCAGGAUGAGCUUGAGGAGCUUCCGCAAUGUUCCCCUGGUUCCCAUGGAGACUUCGUCCUCUUCUUCGGAUGACAGCUGUGACAGCUUUGGCUCUGAUGGAGGCUUCGCCAAUACGAGGAGCAGUUUAAAACAGACGAGGAGGACAGCAGAGAAGCCCAGGGUGUUUGAGGCUGCAUCAGAGAACACAUGUUCUGGGUAUGAGGAGAGUGUUAUCAGCACCCAGAUAAAAGCCAUGAAAGUAGGCACUGAACGUCCAAGGCGUGGCCGCAGGCCAAAUGCACUGAAGGUUGCAAUGACGUUCCCCACCAAGAAGAUGGACAGGAAGAGACCCGCAUCUGAACCACUGCCUCAACCUCAAGUGCAGGACUCUGACUCAGAGGAGGAAAACUUCAUGCAAAAGAGAGCCUUGAACAUAAAGGAGAACAAAGAAAUGCUUGCAAAGCUCAUGGCUGAACUGAACAAAGUACCUGGACUCUUCCCAGGAAGACAACGGAUCACGAUGUCAGCAUCAUCCAUGCCCAGACAGGCACCUCGGCGGUCAGCAGGAACCCCAAGAGCUCUCAGGAGAAACCCGGAGAGGGUAUCUCGACCCCACACACGGUCCCGCUCACUGGUGGAUGGACCCCCCAGCCCACCUCCAGAGGAAGAGUCUGAGGACAAGUUCAAUCUGGUUCGCAAAAGUCGCUACUAUGAAGAAGAUGACGAACCUCCCCGUCGCCGUUGCUUCAACGGCACCAAGGCCAUCCCUCAUGUGGUGCGGCCUGUAGAUGACAUCACGGAGGUGGAGCUGCAGAACAUCUGCCACAACGUGCGGGAGAAAGUCUACAACAGCUCCAUCGGAUCCACUUGCCACCAGUGCCGCCAGAAAACAAUCGACACCAAAACUAACUGCCGUAACCCGGAGUGUGUCGGGGUUAGGGGGCAGUUCUGCGGUCCGUGUCUCCGUAACCGAUACGGAGAAGAAGUCCGAGAUGCUCUGCUGAAUCCGGAGUGGCAGUGCCCGCCAUGCAGAGGGAUCUGUAACUGCAGCUUCUGUCGCGCCCGAGAAGGCCGCUGUGCUACAGGAGUGUUGGUCUACUUGGCUAAAUACCACGGCUUUGAUAAUGUGCAUGCAUACUUGAAAAGCUUGAAAAAAGAGAUGGAGAAAGAGAGCAGCGAGUAAAAUGUGGCGAAGUUGCCGUGGAUUCUGGACCUGACUGACUUUCUCCACUGACUCAAAGCAUUGUAGCACAGGAUACUGUUGUUCCUGUUAAAGGUUUUAUUUUGAACAUUGACUGACAUGUGGAGGAGGCACUGCUAGUUUUCUCCAGCUUAAAACCAAUGUUUUGAUCUGCGUUUUUCCCAUCCUGCCUGCUCUUACCAGUUAUUCCUUACAUUAAGACAGAUUGGUUGGACUCAGGUUGAACAAACCCAAUUUCUAAGUGACCCUCUGCAAUCUUAGUUUUGCUUGAUUGCUUCAUCCUAAGAUGUACAUAUCUUGUGCCCAUAAAAAAAAUCUUCUUGUUCUUGCAAAAAGGCUUUUAGCUUGUUUAGACGAUCGCUUGCACUGUACAUAGAUCGAAAUGUUUUGAUUUUUAAUGGCCCUCUUGGAAAUGAAUGCACCUCAAGGGGUUUCAUGUUGUGCCUUUUCUCUAGUUGCAAAUUAAAGACUUGUGUUUUUACAAGUUUAGUUUAAAAAAAGUUUGUUUUACAUCUGCUGUCCUGUAGAAAUGUCCGUUAUCUGCUUGCUAUGGAGAGGAGGGGGAUGCAGGUGGAAAGGGCAUUCAACUGAGGUCCACUGCCUCCCUCUUCGAAACAGAGAGGAACUGUGAUAUACUACAGCGCCUGGUUAAAUAUCCUUCAUUAGAUAACUGUCACUAAUGGCGUGGAAACAAUUAGCACACUCUAAUGGGAAUCUCAUACCUGUAAAUCAUUUUAUCCUGUUAAAGCACAUCCUCGCUCUGCUCCAGUUUCUUUGGCUCAUUUUCCACCGAACACUGUUAAGUGGGAAUGGUUGAAGGUGCCACUAAAGAGGCAGUAGAGUUAUAGCCUGCGUUUGCUGUUCACAAGUGUGAUCUUGUACAGGAAAUGACAUAGAAUUGACCUUUUGUGCCGUUCAUCUUUAUAAUGUACUUCACUUGACCUGCAGCAUGAAACAUUUGAUCAUACAGAGCUGUUUUAAAACACAGUCAGUGGCAGAUGGAGGUCAUUAUGUCGCUUGUGUUUACCAAGCUUUGUUGUAGGGAAUCUGCUUUGUUCUCAUUGGAUCAGCUGUAUAUUUUCAUUAAAGUGUUUAAUCACUGAAAAA